GCUCCGGGGUGCUGCCAAAAAAAAAACCUCGGCCCGAGUCGGGCAUCGUCAGGGCGCGUCGCCCGCGGAGUAGCUCGUGGGGCAGCCUCGGACGCCCGCCGGCGUGACCAGCAAGUCCGCCACCGCUCGUAAACCUAAUUGCUGCCAGGAGCAGCCUCGACACCACCGGAUGGACCGCCGCCGGCCCCUCGACAGCCCGCGGCUCCUGGAGCCCCUGGGCCAGACGCGACGGCGGCAGCCCGAGGCCAAGAGUGACGGCCGGCCGCCCGCGCGGCUGCCGUCGCUGAGCACGCCGCGCCAGUCGAAUGAAGACGCGCUGCCUCCCGUCAAACGCGGCGUCGCGGCGCUGUCUCCAUUGAACGCGGUCACGCCCGACGCGCGCCCGGUCGGCAUGCGCCGCCACUUCUUCGAUGAACCGGGUCCUCCAUUGGUCACUCCGCAGCCCUCGGAGCCCAAGUCCUUCGACGCCGCUUCGGCAGACGCGCGCCCGCCGCGCUCGCGGCCGACGCCCGCCGCGCGCCGCGGCCUGCCGCCGCGCGACCCGCUCGCGCGGAACACGCCGCAGCCGCGCGUCGCGGAGCUGGGCCUGAAGCUCGACAAGAUACGGCUCGGCGCCGAAAUGCCCGACGUCCGCGGGCGCGGGCGGAGCGCCUCGCCCGCCGACCUGUCGCGGCGGUCAUUCGAGCCGGCGGCGCCGGAGAUCUUCGAGCGCGGGCGGACGCGGUCGCCGGCGGACCUCUCUGAGAUCCUCGAGCGCGGGCGGAGUGCGUCGCCGGCCGACUUCUUGCCGCCGCGCGGCCAGAGUCCCCGCGAUUUUCUGCCAGCGCGGAGUCGGAGUCCCGCGGAUCUGUCGAGCGGAAAAUAUCUUCCCGCCGAUCUACGCAGCCAGAGUCCCCGCGGGCCCGGCUCGCACGGCAGCCUCACUCCGCGGGCGGCGCCGAAAUAUCUGCCCGCGGACCUGAGCGGCAGCGGCGGGCAGCGGCGGCGGCCCUCCUGGGACCACCGGCCAUAA